AUGCCAGUCAGACCAAAUGUCAGGAUCCUUCGGGACAUGGCCAAGCGCCAAUCGGUCACUUCGAAUGAGCUCCUCCGAAGGGCCUACAAGUACAUUGCCCGCAAUACCACUCUGCCCAUGAAAACAAGACAUCAGGCUCAACUACAGUUGAAUCAAUUCCCAAACAAGAGCAGGGCAGAGACGGUGAAGGAGAGAUGUCAUGAGACGGGCAGGGGGAGGGGUAUCAUUACAGAAUUCGGACUAUGCAGAUAUCAGUUCCGUCUGAAAGCACUCAAGGGAGAGCUACCCGGUGUCAGCAAAGCCUCUUGGUAAUGUCCGCAUCUAAAGAAACUGCUCACUGCGACAGCAGCAAGCCAGAGCCAAGACUACCCGAGCCAGUACGGACUCCUGUAGAGCUCAAGUAGACCAUUGUACUAUAUUACCCCUCACCAAUCGAUUUGCGUACAUCACAUAGUCUCCUGUGCUGAAUGCGACGGGAAGCGGUCUGUCUGCUCUCACGCCUCAUGAAGCUUGCGACAAGUCGCUGCACGCAGAUGUGUUUGAUUCUCUCAGGCUACGCAACAAUCACGCAGAACCCUGGCCCGCCGGAGACACACGAG